AUGCAGGGGUCCUGGGUGCUGCUGCUCCUACUGGGCCUGGGGCUCCAGCUCUCCCUUGGAGUCAACCCAGUUGAGGAGGAGAACCCAGACUUCUGGAACCGCAAAGCAGCCGAGGCCCUGGAUGUCGGUUCAAAGCUGCAGUCCACGCGGGUGGCUGCCAAGAACCUCAUCCUUUUCCUGGGGGAUGGAAUGGGUGUGAGUACCGUGACGGCCGCUCGAAUCCUAAAGGGGCAGAUGAACGGGAAACUGGGACCCGAGACGCCCCUGGCCAUGGACCGCUUUCCUUACCUAGCUCUGUCCAAGACAUACAGUGUAGACAGACACGUAACAGACAGUGCAGCCACAUCCACGGCCUACCUGUGCGGGGUGAAGACCAACCUCCAGACCAUUGGUGUGAGUGCUGCUGCCCGCUUCGGCCAGUGCAACACAACCCGGGGCAACGAGGUCAUCUCUGUGAUGAACCGAGCCAAGAAAGCAGGGAAGUCAGUGGGAGUGGUGACUACCACGAGGGUGCAGCACGCCUCCCCAGCCGGUGCAUAUGCGCACACAGUUGACCGCGGCUGGUACUCAGACGCCAACAUGCCUCGCUCAGCACGCCGAGAGGGCUGUCUGGACAUCGCCACGCAGCUCAUCUCCAACAUGGACAUUGAUGUGAUCCUGGGUGGUGGCAGAAAAUACAUGUUUCCCAGGGGUACUCCCGACCCUGAGUACCCAACCAACGCUAGGCAGAAUGGAACGAGGCUGGACGGGAAGAACCUGGUACAGGAGUGGCUGGAUAAGCACCAGGGUGCCCGCUAUGUUUGGAACCGCACAGAGCUCCUUCAGGCAUCCCAGGACCCGGCUGUGACUCACCUCAUGGGCCUCUUUGAGCCUGGAGAUAUGGAAUAUGAAAUCUACCGAAACAAGACAUUGGACCCCUCCCUGAUGGAAAUGACGGAGGCAGCCCUGCGCCUGCUAAGCAGGAACCCCCGUGGCUUCUACCUCUUUGUGGAGGGGGGCCGCAUCGACCAUGGUCAUCAUGAAGGCAUAGCUUAUAGAGCUCUGACAGAGGUUGUCAUGUUUGACGAUGCCAUCGACAGGGCAGGCCAACUCACCAGCGAGAAGGACACGUUGACCCUUGUCACCGCUGACCACUCCCACGUCUUUACUUUUGGUGGCUACCCCUUUCGAGGGAGCUCCGUCUUUGGGUUGGCUGUCGGCAAGGCCCAGGACGGCAAGGCCUACACGUCCAUCCUGUAUGCUAACGGCCCAGGCUACGUGCUCCAGUCGGGCAUCCGGCCUGAUGUCACUGAGAAGGAGAGUGCGGAUCCAAAAUACCGGCAGCAGGCGGCCGUGCCCCUGUCAGGGGAGACACACGCAGGCGAAGACGUGGCGGUGUUCGCGCGUGGCCCCCAGGCGCACCUGGUGCACGGUGUGCAGGAGCAGAGCUUUGUCGCGCACGUUAUGGCCUUCGCCGCCUGCCUGGAGCCCUACACCACCUGCGGCCUGGAGCCCUUCGAUGGCACCACCAGUGCUGCACGCUCAGGGCUGAAUGCGGGCACAUCGCUGCCAUUGCUGGCGGGAACCCUGCUGCUGCUGCUGGGAGCCGCCACUAUGUCUUAA